GACAGUCACAGCUGAAAAAUGCCUGAAGCUGAUGUGCUGUACUCUGAUGUUAAGUUCACAAGACCAAAUACAAAUGCCAGAGGCACAAAUCCCUCAUCGGAGGAAACCACAUACUCUGAAGUCAGGAUCCUGAAGACUCAGCCAUCCAAAGAGCUUCCUGGCACAAAUCCCUCAUCGGAGGAAACCACACACUCUGAAGUCAGGAUCCUGAAGACUCAGCCAUCCAAAGAGCUUCCUGCAGGGUCUCAACAACAAGGAGGGUCAAAGGUCAAGUUAGAGAGAGUGGCCUUGGUAGUUCUCAGUGCUCUCCUGGCUGCUGCUGUCAUCGCUCUUGGUGUUACCUCUUAUAAAAACAGUCAAACCAUGGAACGUCUCCAAAAGCUGACAGCUGAGCAUGAAGCUUUGAAAAACAAUCUCACAGAGAGGUGCUCUGAAGUAAAACCAUGCAACACAGUGCAGCAAACGAGCCCACAGCCUCCUGCAAUAAAUGAGUCAUGUCCGAUAUGUGAGGAAGGCUGGGAGCAACAUGGAGGAAAGUGCUAUUAUUUCUCCACCAAUAGUUCAUCCUGGAAUAACAGCAGAGUUGAAUGUCAACAACAAGGAGGAGACCUGGUUAAGAUAGACAGCAGAGAGGAGCAGACAUUCCUGGAGCUGAAACUGAGAGACAAAAUGAACGGACCUGAGGACAAGUUCUGGAUCGGACUGACAGACUCAAAGGAAGAGGGCACAUGGUUGUGGGCAGAUGGCUCUCCACUGAACACAAGUUUGUCCUUUUGGAGAGGCAAUGAGCCAGACAACUGGACAGUGGAAGAUCCUGAUGGAGAAGACUGUGCGAGGAUGGGGGAGAAAUCAGGAGCUCGUGACCUGAAGUGUUGGUUUGAUAAAUCCUGCAAAAAGCCUCACAGAAGUAUUUGUGAGAAAACAGCAAAAAAUGGAAACUGGCGUCUGAAAUGUUCUGUUUAAGUUAAGUUUAAGUCUGACUAAGCCUGUUAAACAAUCUCAGUGCAGGAUACAGAAUGUGGAGAAAUGUUAUUUUUAUACAGCUAAUGUGUAAAAAAUGAAAAUGUAUGAAUGUGCUCACCAAUUAAGGAAAAGAUCACAUGUACCAGAUGGUGGAGGAAAAAUUCAGUUAUUAGGCAGUAAUACCACACUGUAAAAAUACUGU